AUGGCGGCUGACAGUGAGCCCGAGUCCGAGGUAUUUGAGAUCACGGACUUCACCACUGCCUCGGAAUGGGAAAGAUUUAUUUCCAAAGUUGAAGAAGUCUUGAAUGAUUGGAAACUGAUUGGAAACUCUUUGGGAAAGCCACUUGAAAAGGGUGUGUUUACUUCUGGGACAUGGGAAGAGAAAUCCGAUGAGAUUUCCUUUGCAGACUUUAAGUUUUCGGUCACUCAUCAUUAUCUUGUACAAGAAUCCACUGAUAAAGAAGGAAAGGAUGAAGUACCAGAAGAUGUUAUUCCACAAUCUAUGCAAGAUUUGCUGUGUAUGAAUAAUGACUUUCCUCCCAGAGCACAUUGCCUGGUAAGAUGGUAUGGACUCCGGGAGUUUGUGGUGAUAGCGCCUGCUGCAAACAGUGAUGCUGUCCUCAGUGAGUCUAAGUGCAACCUUCUUCUGAGCUCCGUGUCUAUUGCUCUGGGAAACACUGGCUGCCAGGUGCCACUCUUUGUGCAAAUUCAUCAUAAAUGGCGAAGAAUGUAUGUGGGUGAAUGUCAGGGUCCUGGUGUCCGAACUGAUUUUGAAAUGGUUCAUCUUCGAAAAGUGCCAAAUCAGUAUACUCAUUUAUCAGGUCUGCUGGAUAUCUUCAAAUCAAAGAUCGGAUGUCCUUUAACGCCAUUGCCUCCAGUUAAUAUUGCUAUACGGUUUACCUAUGUACUUCAAGAUUGGCAGCAGUAUUUUUGGCCUCAGCAACCUCCGGAUAUAGAUGCCCUUGUAGGAGGAGAAGUGGGAGGCCUGGAAUUUGGCAAGUUACCAUUUGGUGCCUGUGAAGAUCCCAUUAGUGAACUCCAUUUAGCAACUACAUGGCCUCACCUGACUGAAGGUAUCGUUGUGGAUAAUGAUGUUUAUUCUGAUUUGGAUCCUAUGCAGGCUCCCCAUUGGUCUGUUAGAGUUCGAAAAGCUGAUAAUCCUCAGUGUUUACUAGGUGAUUUUGUCACUGAAUUUUUUAAAAUUUGCCGUCGAAAGGAGUCAACUGAUGAGAUUCUUGGACGAUCCACAUUUGAGGAAGAAGGGAGAGAAAUUGCUGAUAUAACUCAUGCUUUGUCAAAGUUGACAGAGCCUGCACCGGUUCCAAUUCAUAAAUUAUCAGUCUCUAACAUGGUGCACACUGCAAAGAAGAAAAUACGGAAGCACAGAGGUGUAGAAGAAUCACCACUGAAUAAUGAUGUCCUCAAUACUAUUCUCUUGUUCUUAUUCCCUGAUGCUGCUUCUGAGAAACCAUUAGAUGGGACUUCUUCAACAGACAACAGUAAUCCUCCACUAGAGAGUGAAGAAUAUAAUCUCUACAAUCAGUUCAAAUCUGCACCAUCUGAUAGUUUAACAUACAAGUUGGCUUUGUGUCUUUGUAUGAUCAAUUUCUACCAUGGAGGACUGAAAGGAGUGGCACAUCUCUGGCAGGAAUUUGUUCUUGAAAUGCGUUUCAGAUGGGAAAACAACUUUCUGAUUCCAGGAUUAGCAAGUGGACCCCCAGAUCUAAGAUGCUGUUUACUGCAUCAGAAGCUACAGAUGUUAAAUUGUUGUAUUGAAAGAAAGAAGGCACGUGAUGAGGGGAGAAAGACAAGUCCUUCAGAUAAUGUGACUAAUACAUAUUCAGGGGAUGCUGGAAAAUCUGGAGAUCAGCUGGGGCCAGAUAAUCUGAGAGAGACAGAUAAGGACAAAGGAGAGGUGGGAAAAUCAUGGGAUUCUUGGAGUGAUAGCGAGGAAGAGUUUUUUGAAUGCCUAAGUGAUACUGAAGAACUUAAGGGAAAUGGACAAGAGAGUGGCAAAAAAGGAGGACCUAAGGAGAUGGCAAGUUUAAAGCCAGAAGGACGACUCCAUCAGCAUGGGAAACUCACACUGCUACAUAAUGGAGAACCUCUCUACAUUCCAGUGACCCAGGAACCAGCACCUAUGACAGAAGAUCUGCUCGAAGAACAGUCGGAGGUUCUAGCUAAAUUGGGUACAUCGGCAGAAGGGGCUCACCUCCGAGCGCGCAUGCAAAGUGCGUGUCUGCUCUCAGAUAUGGAGUCUUUUAAGGCAGCUAAUCCAGGUUGUUUUCUGGAAGAUUUUGUGAGGUGGUACUCACCUCGGGAUUAUAUUGAAGAGGAAGUGGUUGAUGAAAAGGGCAACAUGGUUCUGAAAGGAGAACUGAGUGCCCGAAUGAAGAUUCCAAGCAAUAUGUGGGUAGAGGCCUGGGAAACAGCUAAGCCAAUUCCUGCUAGAAGGCAGAGGAGACUCUUUGAUGACACACGGGAAGCAGAAAAGGUACUGCACUACCUGGCAGUCCAGAAGCCGGCAGACCUUGCUCGGCACCUGUUACCCUGUGUGAUCCAUGCAGCUGUACUCAAGGUAAAGGAAGAAGAAAGUCUAGAAAGCAUUUCUUCAGUGAAGAAGAUUAUAAAGCAGAUAAUAUCCCAUUCCAGUAAAGUUUUGCACUUCCCUAAUCCAGAAGACAAGAAAUUGGAAGAAAUCAUCCAUCAAAUUACUAAUGUAGAAGCUAUAAUUGCCAGAGCCCGCUCACUGAAAGCCAAGUUUGGAACUGAGAAAUGUGAACAAGAAGAGGAAAAGGAAGAUCUUGAAAGGUUUGUGAGUUGCCUUCUGGAGCAUCCUGAGGUGUUAGUCGUCGGUGCAGGCAGAGGACACGCUGGCACGAUCAUUCACAAGCUGUUUGUGAAUGCUCAGAGGCUGACUGAGUCUUCUGAUGAGGCUGCAACCAUGACUCCAGCAGAGGAGGAACUGAAGAGGAUGGGCCCCCCAGAAGAGAAGAGGCAGAACUUGGCAGCAGACUUCCCUCCCCCCGCGGGCCGGGAACUCAUUUUGCGCACAGCCGUGCCCCGCCCUGCUCCCUACUCCCGGGCUCUGCCUCAGCGCAUGUACAGUGUUCUCACCAAAGAGGAUUUCAGACUUGCAGGUGCAUUUUCAUCAGAUACCUCCUUCUUCUAG